GGCUGCACGACAGAGAUGAAACCAGGAAGUGUGUCUGCUCCGAGGUGUUAUGAAACUCCCGGUAACCAGUUUGAGCAAAGUCACCGGGAUCCUGACCGUCAUAAUCGUUCUUAUUGCGGCGGGGUUGAAUUAUUUCGACGAUCCUGAACCGGUUAAAUACCAAAGCAUGACUGAGGACGCGAAGACUCUGGAGGAAAACUUCAGGCAGCAAAAUAAAAGCUGUUUCAUCCUCGGCGCCUCUGGAGAAACAGGCAGGCUGCUGCUCCAAGAGCUGCUGGACCGCAACAUCUUCUCCAAGAUCACGCUCAUCGGACGGAGACAGCUCACAUUCGAGGGCGAAGCGUACGAGAACCUGGCACAAGAGGUGGUGGACUUUGAGAAGCUUGACGACUAUGCUGCAGCCUUCCAGGGUCACGACGUCGGCUACUGCUGUCUUGGGACAACCAGAGCGAAAGCAGGGGUUGACGGAUUCAUCCGCGUCGAUCACGACUACGUGCUAAAAUCAGCAGAGCUCGCCAAGUCCGGAGGCUGCACGCAGUUCCACCUGGAGUCGUCCAGAGGGGCCGAUAAAAACAGCAACUUCCUCUACCUCAAAGUCAAGGGACAAGUGGAGGCAGAUAUCGAGGCGCUGGGUUUUGACAGAUAUGCCAUUUACAGACCGGGGGUUUUGUUGGUAGACAGGCAGGAGAGUCGCCCCAGUGAGUGGGUGGCCAGGAAAUUCCUCGGCGCCUUUUCUGCCAUCUUUCCUACGUCCAUGUCCGUCCCGAUCCAAGCGGUGGCCAAAGCGAUGGUGUCAAACACUCUGCUCCAACCCGAGCAGAAGACGGAGAUCCUGGAGAACAAAGCCAUCGGCGCUUUGGGAAAGAGUUCAGGGAAAUAAGAGAUCAUUUCAGCCGACGAAGAGACGAAACCUUCUUCACAUCGUCAUUAUAUCAAAGCAGAAUGUACAUGAAUUUAUCCAGGAACUUUGUAACUGACAGGAAAAACCAAAUGGUGCUUGACUGUAGUGGAUCUGCUUGACUUAUAUUUGGGUUUUUAUUUCUUCGGUCUUGAAUAUUGUCAUAUUUUCAUCAGGGAACUAUUGAUUGAUUUCACAUGUUCACCAUUUGUGCUGUGAGACGACGCACGAACAACUGCCUUAAAGUUUAUUCUGCACUACAAUAAAAAAUAUAUUUAAUGUUUUCAUUAAAUUAUUCUAAAUACUUUGCUGUGUGAUGCUUCCAUAAUGACUGUAACCAAUAUAAUAUCUAUUAUCUGUGUGCAAGUAUAAGACGGAUGUGAACAUAUGAUCCAUUAUGUCUUCUUUGGUUCAUUUCUUUAAUAUUCAACUCUUCUUUUUAUUUUCUGUUUUCACUUCUGUGUUUACUUUUUUGUAUAAAUCAUGCUGAAAUUGUAUUUUCUUUAUCUUAUUGAUGAGUUUAUUCAAAUUGCCUUUUUUGUCGUUGAUCUAGCAGCACCCCCUUGUGGCUCAAUGUGGUUAUACCCAAUGUGCUCUCAAAAGGUCUCCACCCUCUCUUCUCCACCUUGCUGCUGCAGGUCACUUACAUGAUCGCAUUUCUUCUUUAAGAUCUCACACACUUAAUAAAAUAAUUAUAAAAGUG